AUGGGAGUAGAAAGGGGAAGUGGUAAGGGCCUAAAGCAGAUGCUUAAGAGAUGUUCGAGCUUGGGAAAGAAGAGCACAGUCCAUGUUAACUUUAAUGGAGUCCCCAAAGGUCACUUCGUCGUUUACGUUGGUCUCUCCAGAUCCCGACACAUCAUUCCUAUCUCCUUCCUCACGCACCCCAUCUUUCAGAUGUUGCUGCGACAAUCCGAGGAAGAGUUUGGGUUCUACCAAGACAAUGGCCUAACUAUUCCUUGUGAUGAAGACUUCUUUCUCUCUCUCAUCUCCUCCAUUAAUCAGCUUUGACAAGACAUAUAUGAACAAUAUGCGAGCUCCUGCUUUGCUGAGUCAACUUGCGCCUGUGUAACUACUUGUGUUUAUAUAUCCUCUUCCUCGGUUCUCAUGUAUUAAUAUUG